AUGUAUUGGACGGACACGACAGCGCUGUGGCUAUUGAUCGCCGACAUCUCAUGUCAGGGCAAUAUCGGUGGCACUUAUGACUUGGGAGAGGGUCGAUGGGGAGAGAGACGAGGUGAUUUGGGACCGGCAGGUAUUGCGGGCAUAACGAUAGGUGCGGUGGCAGUGGCCGGGGCUCUGGCCGUCACCGUCUUCUUCUGCUAUUACGUCCACCAGAAACAGAAAAGAUCCGAAGCCCAGGCCUAUGGAUCGCACGGAUAUCGCAAACCCGCGUUUCAAAACUACUAAUCACACAUCAAAUUGCAUUAUAUUCUAGUAUUUUAUCGAUUUAUUUGGUGGUUGACUGACAUCAGAUACACACAUAUACAUAGGCUAUAUAUACCCAUUAUUUUAUAUUUUCAGACUAUUAGACACUAAUUGUAUUGUUAUAUAACAUAUCAAAAAAGUCAAAAUUAAAAUAUUUCAUUAGACUUAAUAAGCGAUCUAUUAUAUUGAAGUCAAAGC